UUGCUUGAUAUACAUGAUGCCAUUUGCGAUGGACUUGUAUGCAUAUUUAAUAGCGGAAAUGUAGUUUAUUCGAAAAAACAAGUUAGUCACGGCAGAUGGUAUUUCGAAGUCCAUCAUAAUGGUGGCAAUUUCAUGUUCACAGCAGGUUUCUCCAUUCCUGGUAAUUUCGAAGGUAUAUCCUACUUCCCGUACAAAUACUAUAAUAACGGCUCAGGCGAUGGCGUAAUUUAUUAUCCAAAGUACAUCAACUCAUCCGAAAUCGCCAAAGAUGGUUCCAUGAAUACCACAUCUUUUAUAGAGAAUCAAACAUAUGGUAUUGGCAUUGAUAUUGAUUCAAAUUUGUUUUUUGUUCAAUCUGCAAAAGAAAUCCGAAGAUAUCAGUUCAAUGUCCUUACGAAGCCACCUUAUAAAUGGAAUGCUUAUGUAAGUGAAGCUAUACCAAAAACUUAUCCAUAUAAAGAUAGUAUUACUUUGAAUUUUGGAUUAAGUCCAUUUGAGUUACCAAUACCAUAUGGUUUUCAGCCAUACAGUUCCAAUUUUAUUGAUUAUUGUAAAACUCUCAAAUCUUGCAUGAAUUUACCAGUUUCUCAUACAUUUCUAUACGUUAUCAUAACAAUUUAA